AUGACCAUCACAGCAGCUCAUAGCGCUGCACCCGACGAUGACAAAGCACAUAUCCAGGAGAUCGAAGGGGCAAAGUACGAUUUCUCCUGGGUAGAAGAGGUCCAGGUCGACGAAGAUGUGUCGCCCGGAUUUUUUGGUUGUUUCCUCAAGAAAAAUCCUUCGGCAGCAUUUAUAGCUGACGUUGCAAAGAUGAACACCAUGGAGCUCGAUCCCAAGGUCAUCAGACGCUUGGAACGCAAAAUUGACCUGCUUAUUAUUCCUGCUCUGGCUACGUGCUAUAUGUUCUAUUACAUCGACAAGACGACGCUUUCGUACGCAGCUAUCUUCGGCAUCCGUUCCGACCUAGAUUUGGCGAAAUCAGAAUACAGCUGGCUCUCCAGCAUCUUCUAUUUUGGAUGGCUCGCCUGGGCCCUACCCACUAAUCUACUGAUGCAGAAAUUUCCCCUCAACAAGUACCUCGCAGCCAACAUACUCCUGUGGGGCGUUCUUCUUAUGGCCCAAGCGGCUAGUCGGAACUUCACGGAUCUUGCGGUGUUACGGAUAUUGUCCGGUGCAUUCGAAGCCACUGCCGACCCUUCAUUUGUCCUCAUCACUGCGACUUGGUACACACGGAAGCAGCAACCCACUCGCAUUGGUUACUGGUAUCUGGCCAACGGUCUUGGUAUCGCUUUAGGCGGUCUGUUUGGGUAUGGCAUCGGCCAGAUCAAAGGGUCUCUGCCUUCGUGGAAAUUCGAAUUCAUUAUUAUCGGCGCUAUUUGUUCUUUGUGGGCCAUAGUUUUGUGGAUAUUCGUUCCCGACUCGCCAUACCACACGCAUUGGUUUACCCGCUCGGAGCGUCUAAUGAUAGUCAGUCGGAAACGUGAUGACCAGAAUUUGACUGAUAAUCGGGAAUGGAAGCCUGGUCAAGUGUUGGAAGCGAUCAUCGACCCCAAAAUUUACCUCUUCUUCUUGUUUGGAUUCACGGCGAAUGUUCCCAACGGAGGUACAUCUAAUUUUGGCACUCUAAUUGUCCAAGGAUUUGGAUUCAACACACUCCAAACAACGCUUAUGCAGAUUCCUUACGGGAUUAUCAUAUCCUCGAUCAUACUUAUCGCGAUAUUUAUUAACUCCAAGCUGCCCAAAGGAAAUAGAACAUGGCUCAUGGCCGUCACUAAUGUUCCUACAGUUGUUGGAUUCGCGAUGAUUGCCUGGUGCAAAGGCAAGGCCCCACGACUUAUCGGAUAUUGGAUGACUGGUGCCUCCAACGCUACCUUCGUUCUUGGUCUAUCCCUAGUCUCUGGUAAUGUUGGCGGUCAAACUAAGCGUUCAAUUGCCAGCGCUGCUGUAUUUUUAGGCGUCGCCGCUGGGAACAUUGUCGGUCCGUUCCUAUUUAAAGACUCAGAAGCACCCGGAUAUCUGACCGGUGUUGUUGGGUGUAUGGUUUCUCGGGCACUUGAGAUUAUCAUUAUCCUUAUUCUCCGUGCGAUAUUUGUCAUUUCUAACAAACGACGGGACCGUGCUGCUGCAGAAGGUUCUGUCGAAUAUGAUCCCAAUCUCACAGGUUUGGAAGAUAUCACUGAUUGGAAGAAUCCUGCCUUCCGAUACGUCGCUACCUUACGCAGUGAUUUAUCUAUGUAA